AUGUCUGCUUGGGACCGUCAGGUCUUCCAAUUCAACAACAGCAUCCAGAGUCGCGGUGGAGCCUACAGCGGCGUCAUUCCCUUCAACAGCGCCAAAGGCAGAAGCAUCUCGCGAGACGACUACACUAUUCCUUCGCCGUCUCCCCUAUCCACAGGAGCACCCAGCUUCACCGAGGCGACGUCACAAUGGAGCCCUCCACCUUCUCCUCGCACCCGCUCUCUUCGUUACGACUCUCCGCGCACGAGCAGAUCAUCGUCCGGAAAUACAUCCCCUCAAGUCGACACACCCAUUACUAUGGAUUCGCCCACCUCUCCCCUGACACCCAAAAGUGUACCAGAGCUUCGAUCGUUGGCCGACAAACUCUACGCGGCUGCAUGUGCGGGCGACAUCAAGCAUGUGCGCCUUCUGCUCUCACUCGGCGCACCGAUCAAUACCCCUUCAUUAGUACCUGAUCUCUACGAUGCCUUCAAACCGCCCAAGCCAGGCCCACUUUCCUCCCUUGCUGGUGCCGCAGGUAAUGGCCACCUUGCCAUAGUCCGUCUUCUCCUCUCCCAUGGCGCCGCUCUCAACCCGAGCAUGAAAGAGUCCUCUUCCAGCCCGCUCCACCAAGCCUGCAAAGCCGAUGACGUGGAAAUGGCGGCUUUCUUGCUUGAAGCUGGCGCGGACGUUGAUCUUUUGAACUGCUUUAACACCACGCCAGUCAUGUACUCCGGCAAAUACGGCUCGCCCGCACUCAUGCGCGUCCUGCUCGAAUACAACCCUGACCUCCAUCGCCUGUCAUUUAUCAGGAGUGCAGCCAUUCAUUGGACUCUGUGGGCCGGAAAUGUUGAUAGCUUGGCGCUCCUGCUCGAGGCAGGCGCUGACCCAGACCAACUGAUGGGUGAUGGUGGUACUGCUCUACACUGCGCGGCGACGAGUAAUUUGGCCGGCGUGGCGAAGGUGCUGCUACGACAUGGUGCGGACUGGACGAAGAAGAACGAGGAGUGGAAGACACCGCUGCAGAUUGCAGCGGAGCUGGGACAUUGGGAGGUCGCAGGGGUGUUGGAGCAGGCUGCAGAGAACAGGAGAAAGUAG